UCGUUACAAAAUCUAUAAUAAAUGAUUUUUUGUUUGAAAACUAAAAAUUAAAAUAUAUUUUGAAUCCUGUUUUUUAACGAUUAAUGUAUACUAAACCAAAUGGUUUCUGUUUCAAAAAAACCCGAAUGGUUUCAAAAUUGAAUCUAAUUCAUGUAAUAUAUGUAAACCGGUUUAGUGGUUUUCAACAAUUAUAUUACUAAAGUAAUGGAAUAGUCAUGGUUCGAAAUGUUAAUCAAUUGUAUUUUGGCACUUGAUUUAACAAUAGUGGUUUACUUUCGUCGUAAAAAAACAAUAUUGGUUUACUAAAUUAUUUAAACCGAUUGGAUUUGUAGUCAAACAAAAAUUGAAUGUUAUUUUAUGGUUAUAGAUAUAUUGAAGAGCAAUUAUUGGGUCAAACCAAUGCUAAUGGGCUUGCAGCUUGCCUUCAUACGUGAAAACAUUUUCUGAAUAUUAGUUAAUGGGCAGAUUAACACCAGUGGCAUUCUGUUGUAAUUUUUAAGGAAAAAUCAGGGUUAAUUAUUAUUUGUACUUCACUUUUAAUAGAUUAGAUGAUUAAUUUUAUUUGAAAAUUAGUAAUUUUAUAUGUAUGCAUUUUUAUAAAAUAUUUUUUUUAUAUAGAUAAUUAAAUCAAGAAGUGCGAAGUGUAGAGAAAAUAAAUCUUUCGUCUCUUGUUCUGAUUCACUAUUAGCUUAAGUUCACCAUAUAGUGGCUUGGAUUUAAUUCAUGUGUUUUUAGGCGUCUAAAAACAGACUAGCUGUUAAGAAGAUUGAGUUUCAAAUAGCUUUCUUUUUUUUAUUUUCAAAUAACUUUCUUUUUUUGUUUCAAAUAACUUUGUAAUCAAAUCUUCCUUCAAACAUUUAUUCAGGUAAUAUUUACGAUUUAACUUUUUUUUAAAGAAAAAGCUUCAGGUUUGCAAACAUUCAUACCAGUCCCAACAAUGCAAAAAGUCAACGAUUACAAACUCAUUUAUUUUAUUUUCUAACAUUACUUGUACAUAAAAGUCAACGAAACUUGUUUCAAAACUCUCAGUCUUCCUCCUUUCAAAAUCUCUGUACGUCAAUCUUCUUCUUCUUCUUUGAUGGCUUCAUCAUCUCGCAGCCGGAGCUUACAGGUGUUCCCAAGCUUCAGGGGGAAAGAUGUUCGGCAAACAUUCCUCAGCCACCUUAUCGUUGCUCUGGAUCGCAAACUAGUCUGUACCGUAUUCAAAGACAGUCAAAUCGACCGCGGCCACUCGAUCAGCCCAGCUCUUGUGCAGGCGAUCAGAGACUCCAGGGUUUCCAUCGUAGUGCUCUCCAAGAACUACGCUUCCUCCAGCUGGUGUUUAGACGAGUUGCUGGAGAUCUUGAAGUGCAGGGAAGAGUUAGGUCAGAUUGUUAUGACGAUCUUCUACGAUUUGGAUCCUUCUGACGUUAGGUAUCAGAUCGGAGAAUUCGGCAAGGCCUUUGAGAAAACUUGCGAGAAGAAAACAGCAGAUGUGACGAAACAAUGGCGGCUUGCUUUAACGGAAGUAGCAAACAUCCACGGACAUCAUUCUCGUAAAUGGGACAGUGAAGCACACAUGGUAGAUGAUUUUGUCAAUGAUGUUUCAUGUAAGCUGAAUUGCUCACAAUCAUCAUCAGAAGAGUUUGAUGAUUUGAUUGGGAUCGAAGCUCAUAUAGCAAACAUGGUUUCACUGUUGUCUAUGGAUGCUGAACAAGUGUUGAUGGUAGGGAUUUGGGGUCCUUCGGGAAUUGGUAAGAGUACCAUCGCGAGAGCUUUAUUUGGUAGCCUCUCUUACCGAUUCCAAAGGUGUGUCUUCAUCGAUAGAUCCUUCAUCGACAGGACUCUAGAAAAUUUCAGAAGAAUCAACUUGGAUGAUUACGGCGUAAAGCUGCAACUGCAAGAAAAAUUUCUGUCUGAGAUUUUAGACCACAAGGAUGUGAAGAUUGAUCAUUUAGGUGUGUUAAGAGGAAGGCUACAGAACCAUAAAGUUCUUAUAGUUCUCGACGAUGUGGAUGAUCGAUUGCUUCUAGAUGCCUUAGUUGGACAAACUCUUUGGUUUGGUUCCGGUAGCAGAAUCAUUGUGGUAACCAAGGAUGUACACUUGUUAAGAAGCCACGGUAUCGAACGUGUUUACGAGGUGGGUUUUCCUUCCGAAGAUCAAGCUCUCGAGAUGUUCUGCCAAUCCGCUUUUAAACGAAACUCUCCAGCUGAUGGUUUCAUGGAUCUUGCCCUCGAAGUUUCGAAACUUGCCGGUAAUCUUCCUUUGGGUCUUAACCUUUUGGGUUCUUCUCUGCGAGGGAGGAACAAGGAGGAUUGGAUCGACAUGCUACCUGAGCUCAGGACAUGUCUGAAUGGAGACAUCGAGAAAACGUUGAGAUUCGGUUAUGAUCGGUUAAAGGAGACACAUAAAAGGCUAUUUCUUCACAUAGCGUGUUUGUUCAACGGUGAAAAAGUUGAUAGCUUAAAAUGGUUGCUCGCUGAUAGUGACGUUGAUGUUAACACUGGUCUUAGAGUUUUAGUUGAGAGGUCGCUUAUACGUAUAACAACACACUUGUGUAAAACUGUGGAGAUGCAUAAUUUGCUGCAAGAAAUGGGUAGAGGAAUUGUAUCUGCACAGUCCUUUGACGAGCCUGGAGAACGUCAAUUUCUGACUGAUUCCAAGAAUAUAUGUGAUGUACUUGAGGAUAACAGUGGCACUAAAGCUGUUUUAGGUAUAUCGUGGAACAUAUCAGAAAUUGAUGAGUUGUUCACGUUGGAUGAGGAUGCAUUCAAAGGGAUGAGUAAUCUCCGGUUUCUUAAGAUUUACAAGAACCCGUUGGAGCGUAAUGAAGAAACAAAGUUGUACUUGCCCCAAGGCAUACAAUCUUUGUCUCGUCGACUUAGAUUGUUACACUGGGAUGCAUAUCCAAUGUCACGUAUGCCUUCACACUUUUCACCAGCCUAUCUCGUUGAACUUGGUAUGAUAGAUAGCGAGCUCGAGAAGAUGUGGGAAGGGCCCCAGCCACUUAAAUAUCUUAAGAAUAUGAGCUUGUGGAGAUCAAAAAAACUGAAAGAAGUCCCAGAUCUUUCGAAAGCUCCCAAUCUCGAGGAACUGUAUCUAGCUGAUUGCCAGAGUCUAGAGAUGCUUCCUUCUUCUAUUCGGUAUCUCAAGAACCUCAAGACUUUGAACAUGGAAGAAUGCAGAAAGCUGGAGUUUCUUCCGACAAACAUCAACUUGGAAUCUCUCUCUAACCUGACUCUCUAUGGAUGCUCACUGAUAAGAAGCUUUCCCGAUAUUUCGCGCAACAUUUCAGUUCUCUCUCUAGAGAACACGGCGAUCGAAGAAGUUCCUUGGUGGAUUGAGAAGAUGACUGGUCUUACCGGCCUGUUCAUGAGUGGCUGCAGCAAGUUAAGCCGUAUCUCGCCGAAUAUAUCUAAACUCAAACAUCUUGAGGAUGUAGAUUUCUCCUUGUGCUAUGCAUUAACUGAAGAUAGCUGGCACGACGAUCCUCAGGUGGUGCCUGCUCCUAAUCCUAUUGGAGAUUUAGACAUGUCUGAUAACACUUUCACUAGACUUCCACACUCAUUGGUUUCCAUUAAACCCCAGGAGCUUAACAUAGGCAACUGCAGAAAGCUCGUGUCGCUGCCUGAGCUACAGACGUCGUCGCUCAAAAUACUACGCGCACAAGAUUGCGAAUCACUUGAGAGUAUAUCUCACCUCUUUCGAAACCCGGAAACCAUUCUUCAUUUCAUUAACUGCUUCAAACUUGAACAAGAGUCCCUCAUACGAAGUUCAGUUUUCAAGUACAUGAUCCUACCUGGUGGACAAGUGCCCCCGGAGUAUUUCACUCAUCGAGCUAGUGGAAGUUACUUGACGAUCCCUUUACUUGAGAGCUUUCUCCAUGGAUCUUUUCUGCGGUUUAAGGCUUGUCUCUUGAUUGACACCGACUCUACUAAGCCCACUUGGGUCAAAAGCAUUAUCCGGGUGUGGUGUCUCCUCAAAGGCAACCAAGGGAACCACUUUCACUCUAGUGAUCUUCAUAUUCUCAUCUUCGUUACACGUCUGUUGGACCGUCAUCUAGCUAUAUUUGACUGUUCUUUCCCUUUAGACAAUCCUCUAGCCAAAUCGAACUAUGACGCGGUGGAAAUAAAGUUUGGAUGGGAUGCUUGCGAAAUUAAAGAAUGCGGUAUACAAUUCUUCUCUCCGUCCUCGGAUAGUCAGCCUGGUGAUGCAAAUAAGCUAUCUGAAGAGAACAGUGUAGACUGCUGAAACUCAGGAAGCAAAUGUCAGAGUGUCGUCAUUCACCAAACAGAAAGUGUCUUCUCCUCCGUGUGGCUGUUAAAUAACCAAUUCAUUCUAGCUGGAAUGCAAAAGCUCAUCAGACUUUUAUUAUUUUACCUGGAAUGCACAAGAAGAUUAAUAAUUUAAAUAUGUAUAUUAUUAUUUUGUUUUAAUAAGUUGAAGUAUGUUGUAAAAUUCAUGAAUAUAUAUUCUUUUGUAGGUGGAAUUAUUUUAAUUUUAUAAUUUAUAAAAUAGUUAAUAGUGGAUUAAGUUAUUUUAUAUUUAUUAAUUGGUGUAGUAAAUUAAUUA